AUGCACGCGCACACACAUCAAAUAUGCACGCACACCUGCUUGGAGGAGAGGCGAGCAGUCGCGAUCGAUCGCAGUCUGUCUCAGACAUUUGAUUUGCCACCUUCUUGGCUUGCGGUCGAUAUUGUUGUGCCUCGCCUCAGCUCUGCCGAAAUAUUCGCCCAAACAUAUUCAACAGUCGCGCGUUCGCUGACCGAGACGAGAAUACAAUUACCCAAUGAGCAUGCCUCAAGCUGCAAGUCAGAAUACACAAAACACAUUCCUUUAUGA